UUGUAGAGUGAGGGAUUGUGUUGUGUUAUGUGUAAGCUGUUUAACCCCGAUAACUGUGCAUAUAGACGUUGUUAAGUGUUAGGGAUAAUCAUGGCACCUAAAUCAUCGAACUUCAGCAAAGAGGAGGAACUUUUGCUUCAAGAUUUCGGAAGAGAUCUAUCGCGAAAAUCUUCCGUGAUCUUUUAUGUUCAUGCGUUAUUUGUCUCUGCUAUUCCACUAUGGCUAUUCAAUCGCAUACAUCAAAUGGAGAUGUUGGACAAUGCCAUUCUCUUUGUAAUUGGGACCAUUUUCAGUGCCUACUUUGUCGCCCUAGCUUACAAAAAUAAUAAGUUUGAGCUAAAGCACAAAAUUGCUCAAAAGAGGAGUGAUGGAGUGGCAGCUGAACUUAAUGCUAAGAUGUCUGAAUCAGAAUCAAAGAAGAUCUCAAAGAAAGAGAAAGAUGAAAGGAUCUUGUGGCGUAAAAACGAAAUAGCUGAAGCAGAAUCCAUGCAGCUUGCAGUGUUCUACACCAACAGCCUUUUCUUGAUUCUGCUCAUUCUUUCAUCUUUUUUCUUCUUUAAGAGCUACAGCCCAAUGCCAAACUACAUCAUUUCAAUGGUUGGAGCAAGCAGCAUUACAGGUCUCCUCUCAACUUCUUCCCAGAAAUGAACAAAUCCUAGGUCGCAUUUGAAGCAAUAGCAUUUUCAGUGUAAUAUAUGAAGCGGAAAUAAAUGAGUGAUUAUCAAUUUGUGGUGUCGGCGCUCGGAUUUAGUAAAAGAACAUGAAAUAAAACAAACCAACGCUUUAUUGUA